AUGGCCUCCAUAACCAAUCUCCUCGCCGCCAUCGGCGUAGUGCUGCUCCUCCCACAGGUCUACCGCUUCCUCAACUUCCUCUGGCUGUACUUCCUCCGCCCAUCGAGCGUGCGUGAGUACCUCCACGCCCCGCCCGCGUACGCUCUCGUCACUGGCGCGAGCGACGGCAUCGGCAAGGCGCUCGCGAAAGAACUGUACGAUAAGGGCUUCCAUCUGAUCUUGCAUGGACGGAACGAGACGAAGAUGCGCGCGGUUGCGGAUGAGAUUAGGGCGCGCGGAACGCGGAAUGUGCUAUACUUCAUUGCGGACGCGUCGGAUGCGGGGCACGAUUAUGCGCGCAUGAUGGAGCCGUAUACGGACCUUAAUAUCACGCUGGUCGUGCACAACGUCGGUGGAUCCGGGUGGCACCAUGAGAAGAUGGACGCAUUCAGCGAAAACGACCUUGUACAGAUCAUCCAGCGCAACGCUGUAUUCCCCCUCCUCCUCACACGCACGCUCCUCCCGCAUUUACGACGCACCGCGAAGCAGGGCCCCGUGCUCGUACAGUUCAUCGGCUCGCAGGCGGCCGACAUCUCCCCGCCACGCUUCGCACUCUACGCCGCAUCCAAGUCCUUCCUGCGCGCGCUUGCGCGGGGGCUGGACAACGACGAGCGCGUGUGGGGCACGCCGUCGGGCGUCAAGUUCGAGUAUCUCGCCGUGGGGCAGGUGCAGUCGAACAGCGUGCGCACGCCCGCGACGCUCGUAUGCCCGACGUCGGAGCGUUUUGCGAAGGCGAUGGUGAGCAGGAUGGGGUGCGGGCUGAGGAGGUACGCGCCGUACAUGCCGCAUGCGGUGAUGCAGUGGGCGAUAGAGCUUAUGGGAGAGAAGAUGGUGGAUCAUUACACGGCGCAGGCGAUUGAGCAGUUGAUCACUGAGCAGGAGAAGAAUGCGUGA